CAUCAAUGAUUUUUGAGAUCCGCUUCGCUGGAACGACGACAGUUGACUGAUUGGCCUCAAGAUCUGUCUAAAUAAAGAGUUUCUCGAAAGUCAAAGAAGGAGAAGUGAUCUGAAGCAAUGGUCCAUCAAACUGUAGACGUCAUCAGUCAAUCUCCAAUCCCAUGAAAACAAGACAAGCAUACAGUAUCUUGGGACUACAAACUAUACAGCAGGUCUGCCAGACUCUACCCACUGAGUCUUCCAAGGUCUUGAAAACUUGUGAACAAAGUGGUGAUCGGUACAAUUUGUAAAGAGAUUUAUAGGGUUAUCCAUCCAUCAUGCAAUUAACACUGAACAUGCCUAGGAGUAAUGCAAUAGCAACUUCCUGUACAUUGGUAGUUGUACUUUGUCUGCUCAUUUGCAAAGUGCAUGGUGAUGUUGAACACAGAGAAGCUCAUCAUGUACAGAGGUUUGUUCUACAGCAUAAUGAGAAAGGAGCUGAUUCAGGGAAUAAGAAACCGGCUAUUAGUGAUAGUGAUGAGGCUGUCAAGGCACCAGUUGAUGAACAGAAAGAGCAACAACCUGUCAUCGAAGAAGACAAACAGCAAGAUGAAGUUAAACAACAACACAACGUUAACCAGAUACCAUUGGCUGAACCCAUCGAUGGUCAGGUCAACCUCGGCUUCGUCCAUGCAUUUGUUGCAUCUCUAUCAGUGAUUAUCGUCAGUGAGCUUGGGGACAAGACCUUCUUUAUUGCUGCUAUUAUGGCUAUGAGGCAUGCACGUCUUACUGUGUUUGUUGGUGCCCUAGGAGCUCUGGCUGUCAUGACCGUCUUAUCUACUCUUCUCGGCUAUGCGACUACAGUUAUCCCACGUUGGUUCACGUACUAUGCGUCAACAUUUCUAUUUGCGCUCUUUGGUCUUCGGAUGUUGCGUGAGGGAUGGUACAUGUCAGCUGAUGAAGGACAAGAAGAAUUGGAAGAGGUUCAAGCAGAUCUUAAAAGAAGAGACGAAGAGAUGGAAAAGGCUGCCAUGGCAACAGUAACACAAGACCCAGAAUCGGGUAUCGUUAGAGGAGGCAAACAGCGGAAAAUAUUUGGUAUAUUUUCACCGAUAUUUCUCCAAGCUUUCAGCUUGACGUUUUUGGCGGAGUGGGGAGAUCGAUCACAGAUAACUACAAUCAUUCUAGCAGCAAGAGAGGAUGUGUUUGGUGUUUCAAUUGGAGGUAUACUGGGUCAUGCAUUAUGCACAGCACUAGCAGUAAUAGGUGGAAGGAUGAUAGCUCAACGAAUAUCAGCAAGAACUGUUACUCUUGUUGGAGGUGUGGUCUUCUUGGUUUUUGCCCUGUCAGCGUUAUUUGUCAGUCACGAUUAAAGGUCUUCAACGAAUCUUCUACAGGAUGUUAGUAGUGUGUGUAGCCAAAAGCCUCGUCCGCAUUGGACUUAAAAUGGUUAACUUACUUCCGCAAAGUCCAAGCGCGAACAGCUGGUAACUUUACCUGGAUGGUAAUUUACUGUCACAGCGCUGUUAAAGACACUGGACACCUUUAGUAAAUGUCAAAGACCAGUCUUCUCACUUGGUGUAUCUCAACAUAUGCA